AUGUCGAGUCAACCUCUCCUGCAAACCGCACCGGGCAAGCGUAUCGCACUCCCCACGCGCGUCGAACCCAAAGUCUUCUUCGCCAACGAGCGCACAUUCCUCUCCUGGCUCAACUUCACCGUGAUCCUGGGCGGGCUCGCCGUGGGCCUGCUCAACUUCGGUGACCGCGUCGGCCGCAUCUCCGCCGGCCUGUUCACCAUCAUCGCGAUGGCGGCCAUGCUCUACGCCCUUUUCACAUUCCACUGGCGCGCGCAGAGUAUCCGUCGGCGCGGCCAGACCGGCAUCGAUGAUCGGUUCGGGCCGACGAUACUGGCGUUGUCGUUGCUGGCGGCGGUGGUGGUGAACUUUAUUCUGAGAAUGAAGGAGGAUUGA